AUGAAGCAUCUUUUUAUUCUACUCAGUGCUCUGUGGUCGACACAGGCUGCUGCGCAGAGAUACACUUACACUACGCGCACCAUGACAGAAUGCUUCAGUGCAACUCAAACCAGCUUCGGCCCGGCUGAGCCAACACAAGGUGCUGACAAGUACUGGACUGUUGAGAUGCCUGAAUGCCAGGAUUGUCUCUGCACAGGCUGUGCCUACACAAAUACAUACACCACAACACUCGAUGUCUUUUCACCAUCAGGCAUCGCCAAGUUCCCUUAUCAAGUCAAGGAAGUCUACAGGGGCAUGUCAGCUAUGCCAGCUGAUCCUACACCAACUGCUGUUCCUUAUGGCUUCACCUCUGGCGUAGAGACCUGCAGCAUCUGCGGUGACGAGCCAGUUACUGCCACCAUGACAUAUCCUCGUGGUGGCUCCCCAUAUCAAGAGAGUGUACCCACAGCAACACUAGCUGCCCAGACUGCCUUGAAGCGUCCUUCAACAUUACGAACUCAAGUGGCUGAUACAGAAGCUACCGACUCUCCUUCAAGCGAGGACGAUGUAAGGCCUCUUGAAAACACUGUCCUUGAGCACAAGGCCAUUCAAUAUAGUGGCCAGGGACCAGACAUGGCCGAGUUUGUUAAGAUCAGUCUUGCAAGCAAAUCUGGCCCUGUUGCCAGAAACGCCGAGUCCAAGACACCUGGAAAACCAUCCAGGCAUACCAACAGCUACGCCAAGAUGAGGUUUGACGCAGUUGAAGCAGCUCCAUCGAAAGAUGUUGAUGGUGCAGCAGCUAGCAAACAUCCACCAGCCGGUGUUGCUAUAGCUGUGCUCGUGCCUAUCGCACUUCUGUUAUAG